UUCUCCUCCUUCCUGUUUCAGAGCGCGUGUGCCUUCCAGGCGUCUCUGAGCGAUGGCGGUCAGAUCGUGGCGACGCUGGAGCGCUCCGAUCUCCAGGAGAACGUGACGGCGUACGCUGCUCAGAUCUCAGGAGGAACAAGGCCCAUCAUCGUGCAGUUUGAGAACGCCAGCGAGCUGAAGGUCAAGGAGCUGAAGGUCAAGGAGCUGAAGGUCAACGCCUCGCUGCACGGCCUCUGCUACAGCGUCAGCUUGCUGCUGAGAGACGGGCCGGACGGCUGGUCCAAACCCAUCAGAACCAUCCCAGUGCUCACCAAGCCUCUCCCCGUGCGCAGCGUGCACAUCUGGGACUACAGAGAGUCUCCAGAGACCGGCGUGGUGUUCCAGCUGCAGCCACCAGGGGGCAGCGUGUUCAGCCGCGUCAACAUCAGCUACAGCGAGGGGGCGGAGCCUCGCUACAUGCUGUACAAAG